AUUCCGCAGAAACCUGGCGCGGCCCUGCAUAGUUCCGUUACAUGGACAUUGAUAUUGCGUUUCAGUAGUAACGGACUUUUCUGUUGGAACGUUCAAGAGGUUUUCCUAGUUUUAUGUAAAUGAAUUUUAAGGAAUAGCGGAGUAACAUGGCCUCCUGUACUUUGGAGGAGGACACAUCAACAAUGGAUGCUGACUCUUCUUGCAGAAGAUUUUCCUCUUCAGAGGUACCGUUCCAGAGAAAGGUUAUGAAUGUAGAGCUUCCAAAUGUGGCUCAGAGCGUCCAGGGUGAUGUGACACUGGUGUCUGAAUUCAAGCAACUCAAGCUAGAAAAAGAAGCACAGAAGAACUGGGAUCUUUUCUACAAGAGAAAUAGCACCAAUUUUUUCAAGGACAGGCACUGGACCACUAGGGAAUUUGAGGAACUUAAAGCAUGCAGAGAGUUUGAAAACCAAAGGCUGGUUAUGCUAGAAGCUGGCUGUGGUGUAGGCAACUGUUUAUUCCCACUGUUAGAAGAAGACCCUCAUCUCUUUGUGUACGCUUGUGACUUUUCUCCAAGAGCCAUACAGUUUGUAAAGCAAAAUUCAUGUUAUAAUCCAGAUAUUUGCAAAGCAUUCCAGUGUGACCUGACCAAAGACAAUCUGACAGACGGUAUCCCCGCAGACAGCCUGGAUGUCGCAACGUUAAUCUUUGUCCUCUCUGCUAUACAUCCAGACAAAAUGCACCUUGCCAUAGAAAAUAUAUACAAGGUGCUAAAGCCAGGCGGCUGUGUUUUAUUUCGGGACUAUGGGCUUAAUGAUCAUGCUAUGGUACGCUUCAAGACUGCAAACAAACUUGGAGAAAACUUUUAUGUCAGGCAAGACGGAACGCGGUCUUAUUUUUUCACUACAGAACACUUGCGAAUUCUUUUCACAAAAGCCGGGUACAGGGAAGUCUCCAACGAGUACGUGCUGCGAGAGACCGUGAACAAGAAGGAAGGCCUCUGUGUGCCCCGAGUUUUCGUCCAGAGUAAAUUUUAUAAACCUCGGUGAUGGCUGUUUUUGGAAAUUUUUAUUUUAAACUUUUUUUAUUUUUUUUAAAUAAAAUCUUCCA